UUCUUCCUUCUCUUUUUGCUCUUCUUGGUUCGUAUAUAUAUAUAUGUCUUCUUUGAUGUGGUUUUUGUUUUAGAUCCGGAGCCUUCUUCUUGCAUGGCGCUGGUGAGUCGACUCGAGGAUUCAACACAGGAUCAACAAUGGUUAUAUGGCAGGUCUAAUUACCAUCACCGAUACAUUUAUUCCCAGGUGUUGCAUGCCACGAGAACGAACAAGAACGGGAUCAAAGCACUCAUUGCAGCUGAGUACAGUGGGGUUGAGAUCGAGAUGGCCAAGAACUUCCAAAUGGGUGUAUCCAACACCACUCCUGAGUUCCUUAAAAUGAACCCUAUAGGCAAGGUUCCUUUGUUGGAGACACCUGACGGUCCCAUCUUCGAGAGCAAUGCAAUAGCUCGUUACGUUGCUCGCUUGAAGGCUGACAACCCUCUUUAUGGCUCUUCACUCUUCGAAUAUGCCCUGAUCGAGCAAUGGAUUGACUUUGCAUCCACGGAAAUCGAUCCUAAUAUCGCACAGUGGUUCUAUCCAAGACAUGGGCUUAAGCCUUACUUUGCUGCGGCUGAGGAAGCUGCAGUGCGUGCGUUGAAGAGGGCACUGCGUGCUCUGAACACCCAUCUCGCAUCGAAAACUUACCUUGUCGGUCAUUCAGUGACCUUGGCUGAUAUUAUCAUGGCGUGCAACUUGUAUCUUGGAUUCCUCUGUAUCAUGACCAAGAGCUUCACUGCAGAAUUCCCUCAUGUCGAGCGAUACUACUGGACCAUGGUCAACCUGCCAAACUUCCGCAAGGUGUUGGGUGAGGUGAAGCAGGCGGACGCUGUUCCACCUGUGCCGUCUCAGAAGAAGCCAGCUGAAGCUGAAGAACCGACUCGAGAACCUGUUCGGUCCAAGGUGGAAGAAGAAGUCGCGGAGAAGGUAGAAGAAUUGGAGCAAGGAAAUAAGUUGUACCAGUGGACCAAGGUUGACAUUUCUGACGAGGGAAACAGGGAGAGUGUCAACGCCAUGAUCGGGGAGGAAGACGCCUUCGAAGGAGAAGCUCUACCAGAUGCGAAGUGCUUCGAGUAACCUGUACUGAGUUU